CCAUGUCGGGCAGCGCGGUGAAGAAGCGGAGCUCGGCGGGCUCCUCGGCCUCCUCGCUGGCGCAGGAGGAUGAGAAGCAGGCCAUGGAGAAGAUGCUGGAGCCGGCGGCGGGCGGCGCGGCGGCGCAGGAGAACGGCUGCGCCCGCUCGCCCUCCACGGGCUCCGUCGCCGCCGCCGCCGAUGACAGCGACGGGGUGGUCCUGCAGCGCUCCAUCACGCUGCUCAACGGCGUGGCCAUCAUCGUGGGCACCAUCAUCGGCUCGGGCAUCUUCGUGACGCCCACGGGYGUGCUGCGCGAGGCCGGCUCGCCGGGACUCUCGCUCGUCGUGUGGGCCGUGUGCGGGGCCUUCUCCAUCGUGGGCGCCCUGUGCUACGCCGAGCUGGGCACCACCAUCACCAAGUCCGGCGGGGACUACGCCUACAUGCUGGAGGUCUAUGGCUCGCUGCCCGCCUUCCUCAAGCUCUGGAUAGAGCUGCUCAUCAUCCGCCCUUCCUCGCAGUACAUCGUGGCCCUCGUCUUCGCCACCUACCUGCUCAAGCCCAUCUUCCCCACCUGCCCGGUGCCCGACGAGGCCGCCAAGCUGGUGGCCUGCCUCUGUGUCCUGCUGCUCACAGCGGUGAACUGCUACAGUGUGAAAGCUGCUACUCGUGUUCAGGAUGCCUUCGCUGCGGCCAAACUGCUGGCGCUGGCCCUGAUCAUCAUUCUUGGCUUCGUUCAGCUUGCAAAGGGCGACGUGACAAACCUGGCCCCUGAGCAUUCCUUUAAAGGCACCAAAGUCGAUGUGGGGAGCAUUGUGUUAGCCUUGUACAGUGGUCUCUUUGCCUAYGGAGGAUGGAAUUACUUGAAUUUUGUCACAGAAGAGAUGAUAAAUCCCUACAGAAACCUGCCUCUGGCUAUCAUCAUCUCACUACCUGUAGUCACUUUGGUUUAUGUAUUGACAAACUUGGCUUACUUCACAACCCUGUCCACGGAGCAGAUGCUGACGUCCGAAGCCGUGGCUGUGGACUUUGGGAACUACCACCUCGGUGUCAUGUCCUGGAUCAUACCUGUCUUUGUUGGCUUGUCCUGCUUUGGCUCCGUUAAUGGAUCCCUCUUCACCUCUUCCCGGCUCUUCUUUGUUGGAUCCCGGGAAGGACACCUACCUUCCAUCCUCUCCAUGAUUCACCCGAGGCUUCUCACUCCAGUGCCAUCCCUCAUCUUCACGUGUGUCAUGACCUUGCUCUAUGCCUUCUCCAACAACAUCUUCUCAGUCAUCAAUUUCUUCAGCUUCUUCAACUGGCUGUGUGUGGCUCUGGCCAUCAUUGGCAUGAUGUGGCUGCGUUACAAGAAGCCAGAGCUGGAAAGGCCCAUCAAGGUCAACAUCUGCUUGCCCAUUUUCUUCAUCCUGGCCUGCUUGUUCCUCAUUGCUGUUUCCUUCUGGAUGACACCAAAGGAAUGUGCAAUCGGCUUUGCAAUCAUCUUCAGUGGGAUCCCCAUUUACUUCUUUGGAGUCUGGUGGCAAAACAAGCCCAAGUGGAUUCUCCAAGGCAUCUUCUCCGCAACUGUCCUGUGCCAGAAGCUGAUGGAAGUGGUGCCGCAGGAAUCCUAGGUGGGAAAGCAGAGACAUGCAGCUUGAGGAAACGCACAAUAUUAUUUUAAGACGACACAAGGAGAAAACGCUUCUGAUCCCUCACAAACGACCGCCCGGCGCCGGAGUCCCCUGUGAGAGCAGCUCCGGACGCCGCUCUGCCCGCCCUGCUUUGUCCCCACCAGCCUCCCCGUCGCCAGGUCUGGCACAGGAGCAGCCCUGCCUUGCAAAGCCCUCGGUACGGAGCGGGCCAGGACAAGGAAUUCCCGCUGGCAGCUUCCGAGGGGCUGCGUGUGCCCAGCAGAGUGUCCCGCUGCCCGUGUGCAUGAUGCCAAGGGUCUCCUGAGGUCCCCCCGAGGCCUCCCCGGUGUGUUUUGCCAAGCUGAAGUUAACAGCGUUAGCAACAUUGGUUUUGGUGUCAGCACACGCGGCUUUGGUGUCAGCAGCUGCGGGGAGGGCUGGCGCUGCCCUCCCUGCCCCGGGGGCAGCAGGGUCCUACACAGGCCCCUCUGCCUCGCUGGGCCCAGGGAGGUGUUUGGGAAGCAGAGGCUGGGGAAGGGCUUGGGCUGGCACAGGAGCGCGGGCGCCCAGGAACGCCACGGGAUGCUCCGCAGGCUGCCCUGGCCGUGCCUGGUGUGAGGCAGGGCAGAGCAGAACUGGUGCUGCAGGAAGCAGGGGGCACCUCUGGCUUCCAUUCUGUCCCCAAAAAGAGCACUCGGGAUCCCCCUCCACUGCCUGGCAUUUAGCCCUUGGGUCCAAGCACCUCCCUGUCACUGAGCUGCCAUCCGGGCCGCUUCUCCUGGGUCCCUCUUGGCAGCGCUGGCAGGGAGCCCCCGGAGCAGGCACAGGAACUCCCCAAUAAACCCCGGGAAUCGCAAGCAGCAGCAGGCCAGGAGCUGGGCCGGGGCUGUCACGGGCGGUCGCAGUCCUCUCCCACCCCAAUUCCUGCGCUCUUCAGGGAAGCAKCUUCACCCCUCUUGUUCCCAGGGGCCAUCCUCUUAGGAAAAUGUUGCUUUAUUUGGUCAAAAGUCUCGCCUUUUUUAGGCAAAAGUGCAGUUCCUUAACACUUGUUCAUCACGGCUCUGCCCGCGAGCCAUGUCGUUAGUUGGAAAUCAAAUUGGAAUUAUGGUCUUUAAUUGGAAAUCAAAAGCAUCUUUUCCCUGCAAGGGAGGUGCACUACUCCGUUACAGAUCUGUGUGCUUGUGCUUUAGAAAAUGGGUUGCUGAACUUUUUCUCUUUUUUCUUAAGUAUUUUUGUAAACUGCGUGGUUUGGGAGCCAGGAUCCUCCAAGCACUAAUGGAUCCUGGAUUCUCCUCUUGGCAUARAGCCCUUUAGGAAGAAGAGGCAUUAAGAACGAUACUGGCUAGUACUCUGUCCUUUCAGGAGRCGUUUUAGCAAAGUGCAUUUGAGUUAAUAGUAGGCGGCAGCUUCUCUUCAAACGCGUGUGACAACGACCACGGUGGCAUCAAGAACUUACAAUGAGCAGCUAUUUGUUGAUGYUCCAGCAGCCACACGUCUUUGCUUUGAGGCAGUGCAGGGGCAGAGGUGACAGCCUCACGUCACGCUGAGGCCUUUGCUGUCACUCGCACGGGGCUCUGCGUGAGCUGCAGGGAACUGCAGCGGUGCAGGGUAUCCCUGCAGCGCACGAGCACCCAAAGCUAUGGCCAGUGUGUGGCUCUUCGGGGACCUACGUGCAAUGAAGUGGAGCAUCUCAGACCCAGUGCCCGUGGAGAGGCGUUAGAUCGUGAGCCGUAAAACCUGAACUAGAUUUUCCCUUCUUGGGGGAAUCCUCUUCUAGCUGACAGCCGAGCUGUUUCAGCAGGGCAGCUGGGAGGCUGCUGCCUAGGCUGGCCUCGGUUCUUGGACAGACAACCUCUGUCUGUCGCCAUCCACUCCACUGUAGUUCCCUGGUUGYGAUAUCCUCAGGGCUGCUUGGUCUGCAGGAGUGAACUUGGAGGCUCCCAGGGCUUGUAUGUGCCAGCAGAAUUAGUUGUGGAGCAAAGGAAAGGGAUUUGCUCUUUCGGCCACCUCAGUCUGACGCAAAUCAGCGCUCAAGUCCAGCCUAGAGAGAGCUCAGAGGUGGGUUCAAGUCUCCCUAAAGGCCAGGGGACACUUGGUUUGGACACAUCUUUGAGUUUUCAUCAUUGAUGAAGAACAUCACCAAAUGAUGAAAAAGGUUCUUGAGGAACCUUUCACGGGGCUUUCAAAGAGGAUAUAUCACACUGAGAAUUAUUUUUUUAUAUAUUGAUCUUAAUUAAAUCCUUAACCUGCUUGCUUGCUUAUUAAGAACUUUCCUUUGUUAUUUUCCACUUGCUGCUAAAGAUGUUUUUUGUAUUAACCUGCUGGCUCUGGCAUCUACGUCAGGGUUUCAUGGUGAUAGCGCCAUCAUUUCCGUGACAACAGCCUUAUAGGAAAAAACGGAACCAAUUAUCAGCCAGAACCACGUAAAUGUUGAAUUUGAAGCCAUGGCUCAAAUCUCAGUUCACCUUAGGACAAAGUUCACCUUUCAAAAACCUGAUUUCUGUUAUCCUCCAUACAUGGACCUCACARUUCUCUCCCUCUUUUCUUUUUCCUGGAUUUUAGUGAGAUUGUGAGGAAAGGGGUAAAACUGGUGGAAUUUUAUUUUGAAAACACAACUAGAGCAGUUUCUGCAAUGGAUGAAAUGGCUGCUAAUGAUGCUGCUAACAGCAUUUGAGUGAGGGCCCCUGCAGACACUCCAACAGGAGUGGGAAGCUCAGUUUUGGAAUGGAAAAAAGAGAGAACUCCUCCCAAUUCAACACCUCUUUGCUGCUUUUUCUCCCCAAAGUGGCACGAGCUGGGUCAGCGGGGAGAGGCAGCAGCAGAGCCUGCAUGGGGAGCUCCUGCGGUGCCCAAAGGGGCUGUGGGGUUUUGGAUGUUGCUCUGGAGCCCUCCCUGCCCUCAUCCCCGCAGAGCCCAGCGGGAGCUGAGCCCCUAUGACAGGGAUGGGCCCCGCUCGUGUGACGGGGCAGCCGUGGUGCAUGGAGCACAGGGAGGUUCCUCUGCCUCAGUGCGAAGCCUUCCCUGAGCUAGAGCCGAAUCACAGGAUCCUUGUGGCUGGAAAAGCCCUGCAGGAUGGUCAAGCCCAGCCACAAACCAGCCCUGCUCAUCCUGCAGAAUUCCGGGCGGAUGUGGGCCAGGCCUAGAGGGCAGGUAAAACAGGGAGAAUGUCUUGUCUUUAGAGGCCUCCUUUUUUUGUGGGUUUUGUGUUUCUGACGCUCUGCAGUAUUUGCUGUGUUGUCAGUCUCGGAUACUGUGUCCUGGUAAACACGCUUGUUUUCUAUGGCACCCUCCAUGGAUAUUAAGUUCAAAGGGGCUCUGCGCUGCUGAACAAACUUCCCGGGUCCUCCCACUGGGUURAAAUCCUCAAGAUUCGGCUUYGUUGUUGCUGCCGCUGCAGGCGGCCGAGCGGGAGCCUCAACCUGGCUCCUGGGGUGGUCCCRGCCCGGGAUGUGGGGACAYGGGGACACGAGGCGGCCCUGGAUGGGCCAAGCUCUUCCUGACAGAUCCCAGAUCCCAGCCCACGUGAUGGAGAGACCCUGGGGGCUCUCCGGGCUUGGGAGCUUCUCGAGGGACUACUCGUGUGAGGAAGGGAGUUGCUGCCUCCCGCUGUCAAAGUGUUAAUGAGAAAAAUAUAUAUAUUUUUAAAAAUACUGAGUUAAUUUUUAAAUGGCUUACAAGAGACUCCAUACGUGCAGCUGGGUUUUUCCUGCGGGGUGGCGUUCACCUGAGCACAGGGGCCUCUGUGGGGACACGGGUGGGCGCGGGGCUCCUGCACCCAGGUGGGCGUCACGGCGGGGAGCCCCCUGCUCCGAGGCCACGGUGAGGGCCACAUCCCCCCUCAAACCCCGCAUGGGUUUGGGGAGCCCUGCUCGGUGCUGGCCCCGCCMAACAAAAGCGGGGGGAAUUCUCAGGCAGGGAAAAAUCCAGCUUYUCAGAGAUACCUUUCUUCUAAAUUUACUACUUCUGUUGGUUUGGUUUUGUUUUAACGCCAGAGAAAAAGAUCCUAACGCGCGGAACAAGGCCUAGAUCUGAUUUACAAUUCUGUUAUAUUUGGUUGCUUUAAAAGUAUUUUACUAAUUUAAAUGUUGCUGUAGAUGACACUGUAUUUAUUUUAAGGGGUAAAUAUCUUUUAGUCUUAAUACUUCUGCAGGACGCGCUGUCUGUUUGCGAUGUUGGUGUUCCUGUCCACACAGCUGUUCCACAGCGGCCCUAGUGCCGGGCAGCCCGUAGUAACUUAAUCAAAUUGCCUUGUAAAACAAGAUGUCUAC